UCUAGGACCUUAUUUCUCUGUACUUAAGGGUAAAUAUGUGUGGGUUGGUUAAAAACCUUCACCACCCUUGCCUAAUAAUGUGCCAAGCCCUCUCAAGACUGAUGACCACUGGGACUCAUGGUCUGACAUAUUCCAGCUGAAAAGUCAUACGAAAGAAGCCUGCUUGAGUGUAACAGCUAUUGGCAAGUAUAAUUUGGUUGGCUCUUCUAAGAAAGGUACCCAGCAUGGAAACUGCCUACCUGAAGAAGUGCUUUGGAAACUGCCUGACCCAGGCACUGGCAGAGGUGGCAAGAGUGCGGCCCAGUGACCCCAUAGAGUACCUGGCUCACUGGCUUUACCAUUAUAGGAAUAUAACUAUAGCUGAAGAAAAGAAAAGUCAAGAGGAGCUACAGCUUAAGGAAGCACAUGACAGAAGCUCUGAGGAAGGAAAGCCAACAGAGAUGCUGAAAGAAGAAGGCUGUCAGACUCAGCAGAAGUGCGAAAAGUGUCACCAGGAACUGCCCUCGACCUCUCUUUCGUCAGACAAGACCCCAGCCCUGCAGGAAGACAUGGCACCCCUUGAGGAGAAAACCAUGAGGCAGGAAUCUCCACGAGGUGUCUCCAGUGUCAUUUCUGAGAUGCCUCAACGGGCUAUCCCCUCAUAAAAAAAAAUGACCUGCAAGAGGAGCGCUCAUCUCACCUAAGAUUUAAGACACUAAGAAGGACAGAUUCUCUGGUCUGCUAGCCAUAACUACCUUUAAUCAUGUGAUGUUGUGAAUUAGCUAUUAGAUAAAAGUGAACUCAGAACAAGAAUUAAAAACAGUAAGUCAUCAAGC